AAAAAAAAAAACCUUUUUGGCCUGAGUAGAGAAGAGAAGAGGAGUGAGUCAGAUAGUGAUGGAACCAGAAGAUGGUCUGACCGACGAAGAAAGGUUACUUCUUACUACGACCACUGUCGUCUGCAGCAAUGAUUCAUCAGCUUCUCCGGCGACACGUGUCGUUAUAUUAAGCACUUUGGUGGCAGUUUGUGGAUCUUAUGUUUUCGGCUCUGCUGUUGGCUUUUCGUCUCCAGCUCAGACUGGAAUCAUGAACGACCUUGGUCUGUCAUUGGAAGAGUACUCCGUUUUUGGGUCAAUAAUGACGAUUGGAGCAAUGGUAGGUGCAAUUAUGAGUGGGAAAAUAGCUGAUCAUUUUGGGCGGAGAAUGACUAUGGGGUUAUCUCAAAUGUUUUGUCUUUUGGGUUGGCUGUCAAUUUUUUAUUCAGAGGUUUCUUGGUUGCUCGAUGCUGGAAGACUGUCGUUAGGAUAUGGAAUUGGUGUUCUCUCCUAUGUGGUUCCAGUUUAUAUAGCAGAAAUAACACCUCGAAACCUUCGUGGAGCAUUUACCACUGCUAACCAGCUGAUGAUAUGUAUUGGAAUGUCCGUGAUGUGGCUUAUUGGAAUUGUUAUUCCCUGGCGCACUCUAGCUCUUAUUGGUACCAUUCCAUGUUUACUACAGAUAUUAGGCCUGUUCUUCAUUCCCGAGUCUCCUAGAUGGCUGGCAAAAAUUGGUCAGUGGGAAGGCUGUGAGUCUGCUCUACAGCGACUCAGGGGAGAGAAUGCAAACACAUCCAAAGAAUCAGUUGAAAUCAGAGAUUAUACAAAAUCACUUCAUCAGCUGUCUGAAACUAGAGUUCUUGAUUUGAUCCAAUUAAAAUAUGCCAAAUCUCUCACUGUUGGAGUUGGACUUAUGAUAUUGCAACAAUUUGGAGGUGUGAACGCCAUUGCAUUUUAUGCUAAUUCAAUCUUUAUAUCUUCAGGAUUUUCAAGUCGAAUUGGAACAAUAGCAUUGGUUGUGGUUCAGGUUCCACUUACCUUAAUAGGUGUACUUUUGAUGGACGUGUCAGGUAGACGAGCACUAUUAAUGAUUUCUGCCGCUGGAACGUGCUUAGGUUGUUUCCUCACAGGGAUGUCAUUCUUGCUACAGGGCCUUCAAGAGUAUAAGGUUAUAAGCCCCAUAUUGGCACUUGUCGGGGUGAUGGUAUUUAAGGGAUCUUUUUCAUUAGGCAUGGGAGGGAUUCCAUGGGUGAUUAUGUCUGAGAUCUUUCCUAUGAAUAUCAAGAGUUCAGCUGGCAGCCUCGUGACAGUUGUUAACUGGUUCGGUUCUUGCCUAGUUACGUAUUUUUUCAAUAUCCUGAUGAAGUACAGCACCGCAGGGACAUUUUUCUUGUUUUCAAGCAUAUCCGGCUUAACUAUUUUGUUCGUUGCAAAGUUAGUACCAGAGACUAAGGGUCGGACACUAGAAGAAAUACAAGCGUCCAUGAACCCAAUUAAAGAGAAUUGAUGUAGUUUUCUUUGUCUUACAAGGAAAGUCUACAGUUUGUAUUUUGAUGCGUCCUCACAUUAAGACCAGAGCAUAAUACAUUUCUUGUGUUAUACUCAAAUUGUCGCGGAACUAGAGAUGCAAUGUGGCAUUUGCUUUAUCUAGAUAUCAAAGAAAUUCAAAUUGGAAAUA